CAUCAUCAUCUAGUAUAAGCAAAGAAGAUAAUUGUAUAGUUGGAAAAUAUUUAAAAUCCUCUACAACAAAAAAACGAGAAUUUGAUAAUGAAGAUGAUUCGAAUGAAGAACAUUUUGUAGAUAUAACUCCAAAAAAACCAAAGCCCACCGGUUAUAACUUCGAUUUUAGUAGAUGGUGA